UAAAUAUAAAAAAAAAUCGCGGAACUCAGAAUCGGAAGACGGAAGUUUCCUGACUUUCCUGUUUCAGUUUGACAUACAGCAGCACACCCUCCGUGUACAGUGUACAUUUUAUUAAACAAAAUAAUAUUAUGUUAUGAAUUAAAUAUAUUUUUUAUUUUAAAUAACAAACAAGGUGACAAAUCUGUGCUAUGAAUACUUUUAUUAGUGCACUGAAAAAUAUAAAUAAAAAAAUUAAGGUUUAAAUUGAUCUUAUUAAAUAAUAUAUGUACAUUAGUAUGAAUGAAAUGAUUACAUUUAAUAAUAUAAAAAAUGUUGCAUCGCUUGUUACGCGGUCGAUUGACGUUCAAAGUAUAUAUUAUUUUAGGAAUAAUUGCGAUCAUCGUAUGCGGUUAUUUGAUUCCUCAAUAUAAAAUAUAUCCCAUAGCUCCCGUAACAUCGCCGAGCUUGGCCCAUUCUCAUUCAACACGGCAUUUGUCUAAGCUCGUUACUGUCAUAUUCCGUCAAUUUGAAGACUUUGAAAAUGAUAUUGCGGAAAGUGUACAAUCUUUUGUCUCAGCAUAUCCAAACAUACCAGUAUUGGUGUUGUGUGAAAGAAGACAGUAUCCGCCUUUCCAGUUUUCUGCUACAAAUAUAACUCUGCGUAAUGUCAAGAUUAUAACACUAGAGUUUAAGUUGGACACGAUUCCAAACGACCUCGACCCAUUGUCUUAUGUUUCUACGGACUAUGUAUUAUUUGUCCCUGACGCCUCAAGAGUAUCCCGGCGUGUGUUUCAAAUGAUGGCUGUUACCGCUACCACAUAUCCGACUCAGGCAAUAGCCGUUGGUGUAGGGAACUCACGAUUAGUUUGUCAACAAUUAAAAUGGGCAUAUAUGGAUUGGACUCUACAUUACAGUAAAGACUCUUCUAAAAAACUUUGUGAUGCCAUUCAAGGACAACAUGCUUUGAUGAUCAAGACUUCAAUGCUGCGAAGUCUACCAAAGCCAUUUGCAUUGCCUUUUCCAGAAUCCUUGUACUUACAAACUGCCAUAAGGAAUAUAAAGGUGCAAAUAUUGGAUAGUAAGUUUGCUACAGGAAGGAGUGUAUUGAAAACAACAGCGUCUAAACAAAAGGCUUCCAAGAGGCAGAGAGAUUACCGAUUAGCAUUAUACAAGGAACUUGGAGUGAAGGCUGUUAUGAAAGAAGAUGGCAGAGUUCAGUGGUUUGGUUGUAAGAGAGAAAGCCAGCGAUGUUUCCCACCAGUACAAAGGACUCCAUCAUAUGUGUUAGCAGGGCGUAACACACCGCCAUGCUGUCUCCGAAAUAUACGGAGAACAGUUACUCAUGUACUUCGAGCUCUGUUACAGGCUGGGGCCAGAUGCUGGCUAGAAACAACAUCUUUGUUAGGGGCUGUAAUGCGUGGUGACUUACUUCCGUGGGUUGAGUAUGCCGAAAUUGGUAUUCACGCAGGAGAUCUCACCCGAGUCUCCUGGUUACAAAGAGGGGGUGCAGACAAUGAUGGCUUUGUAUGGGAAAGAGCGACGAAAGGUCAUUACUACAGGGUUGCUUAUUCUGCAACAAAUCGAGUUUACGUUCUUAUUCUGCCUUUUACCUCAAGAAAUGGUACCAUGUGGCCUGCUGAUUGGGUUUUAGCUCAUCAACGUGAAUUUCCGGAGCGGCAUUUGCAUCCACUUGCUCAGAUACAAUUUGUUGGUCGUCACUCACCAGCGCCUAACGAUGCCCGCGCUUUCUUGGACCUGAAACUUGGCCCUAAUGCCGUUGAGAAGUGCGACAGGAUCGGACCUAAACUUCUAUAUCCUUAGAUAAUAAAAUAAUUUAUGUAAUUAAAAAGUAAUGUCAGUUUAAAUAUUUGAAUUAAUCUUGAAUUUGACACAAAUUACAAUAAAUAUAAGGUCUUUACAAUUUUUAUCUAUAUUGAGGCUUUUUUUAAAUAUUUUAAACAUAUUAGAAUCGGAAGUACAAAAAUGUUAUAAUGGGACAAUAUCGCUUAACUCAAAGCUAAUUAAUUAAUUUACGAAUAUAAGUGACAACCGAAAAUUGCUAAUAAUUGAUCUUAUUAGCAGCGAUAAAUUAUUUUAUAAAUUAAUAUGUUUAAAUUUUGACAUUAUUACCAUACCAAAAAAUGUACCUUUUUGCAUUUAUUGUUUGUGUGAUGAACAUAGCCACAUUAUUACUUAGUAUGUUUUAAGGAUGUGUAUAAGAUCGCCCAAUGAUUAGUUUUAAGUGUAUUGAUCUGAAAUUUAAUUAAAUAUUAAUCUUUAUAUUUUCAUAAUGCUCAGAAAGUAAUGACAUGAUAUACAUUAAGAAUUAACGCCUUUACUUAUAAAUAUUAUUUAGUGGAUGUUUAGUAAAAUACGGAUUUAUCUCUUUCUGUAAUCACUGGUCUGAUAUUCGAAUGUAGAAAACCUCAUUGUUUUACUAAACACCCCUAUAUAUAUGAAUAUAGGUAAAGCAGUAAUAAAAAAAAUAAAUGUGAUUUAAAUCUUAGUGUAAUUAAUUAUGGUAAAGCAAUGUCAAAAACAUAACAUUGCAUAAGCUAUGCAAUAAUUAUUAAGGAUAAGGGAAAUGUAUUUUUGAAGAUCUCUCAAUUCUAGUCAAAAAUUGUUAACUUCUAUAUGUUAAGUACCAUUCUGAAUGGAAUUGUUUUGUUUUUAGAGUUUAUUCACAAUUUAGAAUUAAUAUUUACAAGGAAAAACAAAUCUUAUACUUAUGUAGUGUAUAUUUUAUUCAUAAACAAUUCGAUUCGGUUUCGCAUAUU